GCCCCCCUCGGGAAAAAAAAAUCCACCCCAGUCACUCGAACCCGAGGGAGGCUUCCUUUCACCCUCGGGGAGACGAGCUUACAAAGACUCCCUGUCCGUCUCCCCCCUAAGCCCCCGUCCCCUCCCCUGCUCCCACCCCCUACUCCCGGCGCCGGGUGCAAGGUCCCUUUAAGGCGACGGCGCCUUCCUCGGGUCAGACUACCGGCGGCGACGACCACGGGAGCAUGGCGGACACCGACCUGUUUAUGGAAUGUGAGGAGGAAGAAUUGGAGCCAUGGCAGAAAAUCAGUGAUGUCAUUGAGGACUCUGUAGUUGAAGAUUACAAUUCAGUGGAUAAAACUACCCCAGUUUCUGUGAGCCAGCAGCCAGUUUCAGUUCCAGUGCCCAUCGCUGCCCAUGCUUCUGUGGCUGGGCACCUCUCUUCAUCCACCACUGUUAGUAACAGUGGGGCACACAACAGCAACAGUACAAAGAAGACUCUUGUCACACUAAUUGCCAACAACAAUGCUGGUAAUCCUUUGGUCCAGCAAGGUGGACAGCCACUCAUUCUGACCCAGAAUCCAGCCCCAGGCCUGGGUACGAUGGUUACUCAACCAGUAUUGAGGCCUGUCCAGGUCAUGCAGAAUGCCAAUCAUGUGACCAGUUCUCCUGUGGCCUCACAGCCAAUCUUCAUCACUACCCAGGGAUUUCCUGUAAGGAAUGUUCGGCCUGUACAAAAUGCAAUGAAUCAGGUUGGAAUUGUGCUGAACGUACAGCAAGGCCAAACGGUUAGACCAAUUACACUAGUCCCAGCCCCAGGUACGCAGUUUGUUAAGCCGACAGUUGGAGUCCCACAGGUGUUCUCUCAGAUGACCCCAGUGAGGCCAGGUUCCACAAUGCCCGUGAGGCCCACCACCAACACCUUUACAACCGUCAUCCCAGCUACUCUCACCAUUCGAAGCACCGUCCCACAGUCACAGUCACAGCAGACCAAGUCCACUCCCAGCACUUCCACCACUCCCACUGCCACACAGCCAACCUCAUUGGGGCAGCUAGCUCUUCAGCCUCCAGGCCAAUCCAACCAGACCUCGAAUCCCAAGCUAGCUCCUUCCUUCCCCUCUCCACCUGCAGUGAGCAUUGCCAGCUUUGUCACUGUGAAGCGACCUGGGGUUACAGGUGAAAAUAGCAAUGAAGUGGCCAAAUUGGUGAAUACCCUUAACACCAUCCCUUCCCUGGGCCAGAGUCCUGGGCCCAUGGUAGCGUCCAACAACAGUUCUGCCCACAGUGCUCAAAGAACCAGUGGACCCGAAUCAUCAGUGAAAGUGACCUCUUCCAUGCCAGUGUAUGACAUCCAGGAAACUGCUGGGCGGAAAAUUUGUCCACGGUGCAGUGCUCAGUUCCGUGUUACUGAAGCUUUGAGGGGUCAUAUGUGUUACUGCUGCCCAGAAAUGGUUGAAUACCAGAAGAAAGGAAGGUCCCUGGAUUCCGAACCCAAUGUCACAGCAGCAGCAAAGCCCUCCUCCCCUGAGAAGACAGCUCCUGUUACUUCUACACCCUCUUCUACACCUAUUCCUGCUCUGUCACCCCCUACCAAAGUACCAGAGCCAAAUGAGAAUGCUGGUGAUGCUGUCCAGACCAAGCUUAUUAUGCUGGUAGAUGACUUUUACUAUGGACGGGAUGGGGGCAAAGUAGCCCAACUCACAAGCUUUCCUAAGGUUGCCACAUCUUUCCGAUGCCCUCAUUGUACCAAAAGGCUCAAAAACAACAUUCGAUUCAUGAACCAUAUGAAACACCACGUGGAACUCGAUCAGCAGAAUGGCGAGGUGGAUGGUCAUACUAUCUGCCAACACUGUUACCGCCAGUUUUCCACGCCCUUCCAGCUCCAGUGCCACUUGGAAAAUGUUCAUAGUCCCUAUGAAUCUACUACCAAGUGCAAGAUCUGUGAGUGGGCAUUUGAAAGUGAGCCCCUGUUUCUCCAGCAUAUGAAGGACACUCAUAAGCCUGGAGAGAUGCCUUACGUUUGUCAGGUGUGUCAGUAUCGCUCCUCUCUCUACUCUGAGGUGGAUGUCCAUUUUCGGAUGAUCCAUGAAGACACCCGGCAUUUGCUCUGCCCCUAUUGCCUGAAGGUCUUCAAAAAUGGCAAUGCCUUCCAGCAGCAUUACAUGAGGCACCAGAAGAGAAAUGUUUAUCAUUGCAACAAAUGCCGGCUACAGUUUCUCUUUGCCAAGGACAAAAUUGAACACAAGCUUCAGCACCAUAAAACCUUCCGGAAACCUAAGCAGCUGGAAGGCUUGAAACCAGGCACCAAGGUCACUAUCCGGGCUUCCCGAGGGCAGCCACGAACUGUUCCCGUGUCUUCAAAUGAUGCACCUUCAGGCAACUUGCAGGAGGCCACACCACUGUCCUCCACCGACCCCCUGCCUGUCUUCCUUUAUCCUCCUGUCCAACGUAAUAUCCAGAAGAGAGCUGUUAGGAAAAUGAGUGUCAUGGGCCGGCAGACAUGUCUGGAGUGCAGCUUUGAGAUCCCAGACUUCCCUAAUCAUUUCCCUACUUAUGUACAUUGCUCUCUCUGUCGCUAUAGCACCUGCUGCUCUCGAGCUUAUGCCAAUCACAUGAUCAACAAUCAUGUUCCACGGAAAAGCCCCAAAUAUUUGGCCUUGUUCAAAAAUUCUGUGAGUGGAAUCAAGCUGGCUUGCACUUCAUGUACCUUUGCUACCACUGUGGGAGAUGCAAUGGCCAAGCAUUUGGUGUUCAAUCCCUCCCACAGAUCCAGCAGCAUCCUACCACGGGCGCUCAAUUGGAUGUCUCACUCAAGGCCUGGCCAGAUUCAUGAACGAGUGCAUGACCGGAACCUGAAGAAUACUUAUACUCCUCCUCCUCCUCCUCCUCCCUUCCUCCCAAACAAAGCUGCCACUGUGAAAUCUGUUGGAGCCACCCCACCAGAGCCUCAAGAAGAACUCCCAGUUCCUGUAGCCCAGACACUUCCAUCACCAGCCUCAACUGCAACCCCACCACCAACUCCUACUCACCCACAGCCAUUACCCCUUCCACCUUUGGCCACAGAGGGGGCUGAGUGUCUGAAUGUUGAUGACCAGGAUGAAGGAAGCCCAGUCACCCAGGAGCCUGAACCAGCAUUGGGUGGUGGAGGCAGCAGUGGGCUUGGCAAGAAGGAACAACUGUCUGUGAAGAAACUUCGGGUAGUACUGUUUGCCCUAUGCUGCAAUACAGAACAGGCAGCUGAGCAUUUCCGAAAUCCCCAGCGACGAAUUCGUCGUUGGCUCCGACGCUUCCAGGCCUCUCAGGGGGAGAAUCUAGAAGGCAAAUAUCUCAGCUUUGAGGCAGAAGAGAAACUGGCUGAGUGGGUGCUGACCCAGCGAGAACAACAGCUACCUGUAAAUGAGGAGACCUUGUUCCAGAAGGCCACCAAAAUAGGACGCUCUUUAGAAGGGGGAUUUAAGAUCUCCUACGAGUGGGCGGUGCGAUUCAUGCUGCGGCACCACCUCACUCCCCAUGCCCGACGAGCUGUAGCCCACACAUUACCGAAGGAGAUAGCAGAAAAUGCUGGACUCUUCAUUGAAUUUGUACAGCGGCAGAUUCACAACCAGAACUUACCCUUGUCUAUGAUUGUGGCUGUUGAUGAGAUCUCCCUGUUCCUGGACACAGAGGUGCUGAGCAGUGAUGACCGAAAGGAGAAUGCUCUACAGACAGUGGGCACAGGGGAGCCUUGGUGUGAUGUGGUGCUAGCCAUUCUGGCAGAUGGCACUGUCCUCCCCACCCUGGUUUUCUACCGAGGACAGGUAGAUCGGCCUGCUAAUGUGCCAGACUCUAUUUUACUAGAGGCCAAGGAGAGUGGCUACAGCGAUGAUGAGAUCAUGGAGCUUUGGUCCACACGCGUGUGGAAGAAGCACACAGCAUGUCAGCGCAGCAAAGGCAUGCUUGUGAUGGACUGUCACCGCACUCACUUGUCAGAAGAGGUACUAGCUUUGCUUAGUGCCUCUAGCACUUUGCCUGCAGUGGUCCCUGCAGGCUGUAGCUCCAAAAUCCAGCCACUAGAUGUAUGCAUCAAACGAACUGUUAAGAACUUCCUGCACAAAAAGUGGAAGGAGCAGGCCCGGGAAAUGGCAGAUACUGCAUGUGAUUCUGAAGUCCUGCUUCAGCUGGUGCUGGUCUGGCUGAGUGAGGUGCUGGGUGUCAUUGGGGAAUCUCCAGAGCUAGUUCAGCGGUCCUUCCUUGUGGCUAGUGUUCUGCCUGGCCCUGAUGGCAACAUUAACUCACCUACACGCAACGCUGACAUGCAGGAGGAGCUCAUUGCCUCCCUUGAGGAGCAGCUGAAGCUGAAUGGGGAACAAUCUGAGGAGCCCUCAGCUUCCACCCCUCGACUCAGAUCAUCUCCCGAAGAGACAGUUGAACCUGAGAGCCUUCACCAACUCUUUGAGGGGGAAAGUGAGACGGAGUCUUUCUAUGGCUUUGAGGAAGCUGACCUAGACCUGAUGGAGAUUUAAGUGUUGGGGUUAUCAGAGUGUAUGGAGUAGGGUGGGAAGGUGUGGGAGGGUGGAGGGAUUUAAGGAAAAGGGGGUAUACCAGUGGAGUACUUGGUUUAUGUUUUAAUUUUAUGCCACCACUCCCCCUGACAUUGACUUAUACUUCUCUGUGAAUUUGUGAAUUAUUAGGAAAACCAGUAGUGAUUACUUCUGAGCUAAGGAGCUGGCCCAUUAGUUUUUCACUUCUAAAAACAGGUUUUUGUGACCUUUUUGUUUUUAAUUUAAAUCACUGUGUUUGGUAUUUUUCUGGCAAAAUCUAGGGAAAAACAAUCCUUUGUGGACAAAUGUUAAAUUGUUUUGUUUCCCCUUUACCUCAAUCGUAUCAUAGUACUUCUGGAUUCUGUUUGUUUCACUGUGUGGCCAAUGUCUUUGGGCAUGAUACUAUCUAAUCAUUGUUAAUGUGAGAACUUUUCUGCAGUUGGGAAAGACAAAAUAUGUAGCUCACAAACUGGUUUACUAUAUAUGUGGAUAAAACCUUUUUUCUUUGUGGUCUUAACACUUUUAUAUAAAAAUGAAAAUGAAAAAAAAAUCCCACUGAACUCUUCUCCUUUCCUUUCCUUCCCUCUCCAGAGAUGUUGGUUUCCACAGAAAUUCUAGAUUAAAAAAUUGUGGCUUUAAAAAUGCAUGAAACCACCUUUAAUUAUCCAGAAUGAAUAGAUUGUCUUUGCUUUCCACCCUCCAAAAGAAACACAACAAACAGUAUUUUUUUGCACUUGUGGUCCUUGGCCCUUUGCCCCAUUUUCAUACUGUCCAUACUCUGGACAAAGGAGCACCUGUCCUUAGCAAGCAAGAGGUACUAGAGGUGGUCAGACAGUAUUCAGGCAGAAGCCAUUUCCAGUUUGUGUGUCUUCAUCCUUCUAGACCCCUAGGGAAGUCCCUGCUUUGUUGAACUUUAUCCUGUUAAGCGGACAUCAUACCUGUUCGAGACAUCACAGGAGCUAAUGGCAUAUUCUAAGUGUUGGACUUGACAGAGACCACUUGAACUGCUUACCUGUGGCUUUCCCAUUCUCUCAAUGCUUAGAGAAGAAACUGAUAUGAAGAAAAAGCGUGGAGGUGUGCACAAAGAAAAAGACAUGAAUCUAUUUUUUACUGUCAGCUUCAAGGAAAAUUUUUUCUACAAUUUGCAUGAGGGAUCUUUUUUUUUUUUUUUUAAAGACUAUGUACUUAUGGUUACAAACCAAAAUGUACUGUAACAUAGAGAAAAAGAGCAAAAAACCAAGUCUACCUUUUCCACAGCUAUACCACUCUUAUCCAUCCUGAGACUUUCAGCACCGUUUCCCUCCUGUGAGCCCAAGGAGGCAACCUGCACAAGCUUGUAAAUGUUCAUCUUUAGAGUGUACAUAAGUGGAACAUUUAAUAAAACGAGGGGAAAUGGAUUUAUAAACUUUUUCUAGGUGACCCUGUUUAAUAGGCUUUCACAGACUGGGAGAUGUUCAAGAUGUGACAGCCUGGUGGUACAGGUGUGAUAUUUGCUACCACCCAUUCUUCUCCCUCCGGUUUGUUUUUUUUAAACUCCCAGCACAUUAUAAUAUAGCAAACUGGCGCAAUCCCUCCCCGGAGUGGCCAGAUCCGAAUCCAUGGCAUCAAAAAACCGUACUAAGGAUCUACCUGGGCUUCCUUUCCCCCAGCUUUUUGCCCAAUGCCAUUUUAUUGACGGACUGGACUUUUAAGCCAACCUUCUGCCUUUGAGAAAGUUGGAGAGCUAUAAUUGGUCGCUUCUGUCUACAACCUCACCGUCCUCUUUGGUAGUUUCAGCAGCAGCCACAGCCUUAGCAAAACGGAGUUUCUGGCCUCUGCACAUUGACUUUGGAUGGGUCAUUUUUUCUAAGAUUGUGGUAACGGUGGAUCAGCUGGGUUUUGGCAAGGAAGUUGUCUUUGUAGACUGCCUGCAUGGCUUAGUAGUAGAAGGAAGGUUUUUUUUUUUUGUUUUGGUUUUUUAUAAUUCAGUUAUAUCAAUAAACAUGUAUUUAUUGAC